CACUCACAAAUCAUAUAGGUUUCUGUCUCUUUCAUUACAACAAUGGAGUUCUCCAACACAUCUUCGGUUAUGGUCUUGGCUUUGACAGCAUCGAUAUUGUUGUUGUCGGUGGUGCCGGUUUAUGGGCAGAUCAACAACCAGUGUACUCCGACGAUGCUUAGCACCUUCACGCCCUGCAUGAAUUUCCUUACGAAUAGCUCAGCGAAUGUGAGUUCGCCGAGUGCGGAUUGCUGCAACUCUCUUAAAAACCUCACGAGUGGUGGCAUGAACUGCGUGUGUUUAAUCGUCACCGGAAGCGUUCCUUUCCGGAUACCAAUCAACCGUACCCUGGCGAUGUCUCUUCCCCGUGCUUGUAACAUGCCCAGUGUCCCUUUACAAUGCAAAGCGGCCGGUGGUGCGCCUAUUCCUGCUCCAGGUCCAAUCUCAAUUCCACCCACGCUCUCUCCUGGAGUUUCACCAUCUUUAAGCCCCACAGGUUCUGUCGUACCCGAACCGACACCGUCUGCUGAGGCACCCGAUUCCGGCACUCCACCGUCGCUAACUCCACCGUCAUCGACAGCCACUACAGGGAGCGGCGCUGAUCUUACCCCAUCAGCUGCCAACCCCUCGUAUGGUUUCUCACCAUUCCUUUUGGCGUUCACAUUAGGGUUUAUUGUAGUAUUGAAGUACUACUAGGCUGCAAAGUCUCCAAUUCUAUGUAUUUAUUGAUUGUUUGGUGAGUGUGUAUUCUUUUAG